AUGGCCCGGGAGCUUUUCCGGCGUUCGAUAAGAUAUGGAUGUGGGAGUCGCGAAGCUCUCGCCCGCUGAUUCAGUGCACCGAGAACCUUUACCAUGAAGAGAUUGGAAUUUGCAAAGACCUUUGCCCUGCUGCUGGUCCUGCUGGCCAGCCACUCCCGCCACUCCGCCCACUCGGAGAUCAUCGACGCGGAGGAGACGGACCGCUUCUGCUACCCGGAGUCCUCGCGGAACUCGCGACGCUCCUGCGAGUGCAGCAACGGGAGUGCCUCGCCGUGGGGCAACCGCGCCCUCCGCAUCGACUGCAGCUACAAGGAGUUCCGGGCCGGCGAUCUCUCCCUGGUGCUGCCCCUCUACAUCGACACCCUGGACCUCUCCUGGAACUCAGUGGACGCGGUGCCCGUCCUGAUCAGCGACAGCCUGCGCCAGCUGAACCUGCGGCACAACAACGUCUCCCAGCUGGUGGCGGGCAACUUCCGGAAUCUGACCAGCCUGAAGGAGCUCUACCUGGGCUGGAACAGCAUCGGCCAGCUGGAGGCGGGCUCCUUCGAGAGGCUGCCCCACCUGCAGGUGCUCGACCUGGCCCACAACAACCUCCACUCGCUGCCUGGAAAGCUCUUCGCCCCCCUGCUGGUGCUGAGCACCCUGGACCUCUCCUGGAACCGUCGCCUCAACGAGUCCGGUGUGGAUCUCUACACCGGGCUGGGCCUCAACUGGAAGCUGGCCACCUUGCGCCUGGACGCCUGCGGACUCAGUGAGCUCCGCCUGCCCGUGAACGCCCCUCUGCGGGAGCUCUCGCUGCGGAGGAACCAGCUGCAGCGGAUCCCCGGCCAGCUGCCCGAGUCCCUGCUGCGUCUGGACGUCAGCGACAACCCGCUGGAGGAGCUGCUGCCCGAGGACACGGCCAACCUGACCCAGGUGCGGCAGCUCUUCCUCGAGGACAUGCCGCUGCUCCAGGGCGUGGCUUCCCGGGCCCUGGCCGCCGCAGAUCUUCUCGAGACCCUGAGCUUCCAGAACAGCCGCCAGCUGAGGCACUUCGACGCGGAGGCCUUCGGAGCACCAGUGGAUUCCAGGAGCAGCCACCACCACAAAGCUCUGCGGUCGGUGAGCUUUCGCGGCACUCUGCUGCGCACCUUUAAUUCCACGCUGGCGCCGCUUUUUGCGCAGCUUGCCGAGCUGGACCUCAACGGUCUGCCGCUUCAGUGCGACUGCGAGCUGGUCUGGCUGAAGCAGCUGCCGGUCCAGACCAACGGCCGCUGCUACAAGCCGUCCCGCAUCCGCGGCAUGCUGGUCACCUCCGCCCGCGGCGACGCCUUCAGCUGCGACUCCUGGCCGCGGUGGGCCUACAGCCUGGUGGUCCUCUCCCUGAUCGCCCUCAGCGCCGCCGGCAUCUACCUGAUCGUGAUGGGGCUCCGGCCGCACCGCGGGGUCACCAUGCGGCGCAAGGUGGGCGCCGGCAGCCCCUACGCCCGCGUCACCAUCGAGCCCAAUCGCCAGGAGAACCCCCCACUAGGAGCCGAGUGGCCAGUCAGCCUACCUACCACCUAAGCCUUGUACGUAACUCCAGUCCAGAAGGGAAUAAAACUAAUCGUUCUGUAAAAUA